UGUAUAACUGUUCAGUGGAUUUGUAAGGGCAUCCAUGCAAGAGGUUUUGGGCAGAUGUGUGUAAUUUUACUGUUUGCAAUUAAUUAUUAAUGGGGGUUAGGCGUGGUUUUACUGUGUAUAGUUUUACUGUACAGUACAUGUGUGGACCAGAAGUCCCCACAAAAAUCUAGGUUCAUGCAUUACAGGUUAGGUUUAGGUUGGGCGUUAGGGCUAAGUUAAGUUUGGGAAUAAAGGUUGGGUUAUUGAGGUUAAGGUCUGGGUUGGGGUUAGGGGUAGUAGAGGGGCAUGUUUUUAAUGAUAAUAAAUAGAAGGUCCUACACAAGUACAGUGAUACGAAUGUGUGUGUCUGAGUGAGAAUGAGAGAGAGAGAGAGAGGAGAGAGAGAGAGAGAGAGAAUGAGAUAUUCUUCCUGCAACUGUGGCAGGGCUUAGAUUUAUCAGACAGAUUCACACACAGGCAAAAUUCAUUCUGUGCCAUUUCCUAAAAAAAAUCUGGAUUGUGGUUAAUUUAGCACGGCCAAUAAAAUAUGAACUGUCCUAGAUUCACUGGUAUGAUACUGUACUUUGGACUCACUAAAAUAAUGUCAGCAAAUGCAGGCAGAGAGAGACGAGGCAGUCAAAAGCUUGAAGAGUUUCAAAAAGUGUCCCACAUGGUCAUUGAAGAGGUUAACAGCAUUCAGGAGAGCCUGGACAUUGAGAGGACUUGCCGACAGAGUGUGGAAGCAUUGGCCUCUAAGUUGAACCGGCAGAAUAAGUCUUUGAAGAGGAAGAGUAUGCUGUACCUGGCUCACCUGGGGGCAGAGACCAUUGCUGAGAUCAGCCUCGAGGAUGAAGACGAGGAGAUUGCUCUGGCCCAGGGAGAAACGGAUUGUUUCUCAGCUCUGUGUCUGAGUACCAUCACAGAACUGAGGAAUAAAUUAAAGUUAAUUCAGGAGGAGAAAACCCAAGCCGCCCUUGAUCUUGAGGCAACAAGUGAGGAACUAAGGAACAUCAGAAACGAAUUGCUGAAAGAAAAACAUGAUAAUACUCUUUUGAUUGCCGAGACAGUCCGACAAAAGAAGCUGUUGGCGAAAUACAACAGAGUGUCUCUGUUUGCCGUGGAAGAGUAUGAGGCCCUGCAGGAGAACCUGGAUCUGGAAAGAGACCUGAGGGCAGAAGCAGAAAACUUUGCACGAGAGAUGCUGGUUGAGCAGAAGAAGCUGAACAGGCAGAGUCAGAUUCUGCUACAGAGCUCAUCUCCCAGUGAGGCCUUGCAGACAGCGCUCAGGGAUGUCACCAAGCUCACCCAGGCCCUGGAGAGCCAGAGACUCGAACAUCAACAACAGGUGAACGUGUUUGAGAAGCAGCUCAGGGAUUCAGAGCUACAGAAGGAGGUGGUGGUGUUACAACGCAAACUAGAGCUCCUAGUGGAUGAGAAGAGGGAGUAUGAAGAGAGGUGUAACAAGGCUGAGGUGGAGGCCAAGGAUCUCAAGUUUACUGUUGAGGAACUGCAGAAGAAGCUCCAGGCGAUAAGUAACCCUCACCCGGCUCCAGCCCCACCACCUCCGCCCCCACCACCCCCUCCUCCUCCUCCAGCCCAAAUCACCAACCCUCUCAGCUCACUACUAUCUAUGAUUCGCAAAAAGAAAGAAAUCGGUUGUGAUAUUCCUUUAGUGGUCCAGGAUUCAGUAAAGGAGCCAGAGACAGAUAUCAGGCAACAAGCUGUGGAUGAGAUGAUGCAGAGAAUCAAAAGUGGGAUUCACCUCCGACCCGUGGGCCAGUCUCCCAACAGAACCAGGCCUGCCCAGCGAGAAAGGACACCCUCUAAUUCUGCCAUUCAGGAACUUAAAGGAAUUUUGGACACUUUCAAAAGGCCCUCCCCCCACCUAAAAACUGGAUCUCCGUCAACAAACGCAGAGUCUGAGCUGGAGAGAGUUCUACAGAGACGGCGGGGAGCAUUUGAGACCUCACAGGAAAGUUGUUUGCCGUCAUCACCGUGUCCCUUCCCCAGCAGUGUGCUGGAUGUCGACAGGGUAAGAACAGCCAAGCCCCAGACCAAACAGACGUCCCAGGAGUCCCAGGACAAUGUUCCGUUCUAGGCCCGCUCAGUGGAACCGAGUCCUGGUUUAAAGCGGCCCAGGGCCCUGGAGGCCUCAAGCGGUGCUCAGACUUCGAAUUAAGACCGUUUGGCUCUGCACAUCCAUUCAUCAGUUGACUGCCCCAAUAUACAGACGGGGCUACAAUAUUGUCGGAAGAGGAAGUCACGUUGUAAUUUUAUUUAACAGAAGACUUCACCUAAACAAUGGACGUGCAGACAGAGAGAGCUGUGGACAAGGGGAUUUAGCAUGGACCAAGGACCCGGAAAUGACUAAUUGUGCAGAUUGACAUGUUUUGCUGUAGCUGUCCAUUUUCUCAUGUUGAAGGAAGAUGAGUUUAACUAAGACUUAACGCCGAUAACACCCAAGGAGAUGCGAGUGUCACUGAGCAGCCAACCUUGCUUGAUUAAGUCACUCGACCUAGUGGAAAGACAGGAAGCUAGGGAAAGGGCGAGAGCGAGGACGAUCAUACUUUAGUAAUAAUGGAUGUUAUUGCAGAAAAUGGAGGCACAGGCCAGGAUUCAAACACUAAAAGAUUAACCACUUUAUACUGAUCUUGAUUCAGAAGUGUGAAAUAUUCCUUGAUUCCAACUGAGUUUAACUGUAAAAAUGGCAUCGGAAUGUGUUCGACCACCUGAUUAAUAUAUCAUGCAGAAAAUGAAGCAUGCAUGCAUUAAGAGUAAAAAAAAUAAGAUUUGUUAUGGCAGUUUCCCCCAUUGCAGUACAAUGUCAGUAAUGUGUGUAUGUUAGAACCCCAGCCUCAGUCUCCCUCAACCUUUUUCAUCUGAUUGCACUUGAAAAGUAUGACCGUGUUAGUUGUUAAGUAUUUCUUUCCGAAACUGAUUUGAGAAGUCAAAGACAGUAUGAACGACUGCACCCAGCUGACACUUGUUUUUUCUCCAGAACUGUUGUUUUCAGACAACUGACAGCUAACCAUUGAAACAGUCAGUGACCUAGUCAAUGCCUUUCCCUGCUUCAUCUUCAGCGAUCUGUCGUCUGACAUUGACUGACAAGCAGUAAACAUUCUGUCGAUCAGGGCGACCAUGUAAUUACCUAGCGCCAUGCUGCGCCCGUUUUUUUGCUAGUUUGGUUAGAGCCAUCUUUACUGCUCUCUAUUUCUCAAUCAAUCAAAUAUAUUUUAUAAAGCCCUUUUUACAUCAGCAUUUGUCACCAAGUGCUUAUACAGAUGUUUUUCUAUUUAUUUUGCCAUCAGUCGAUACAAUGCAAUGUUGUCGUUUUUCCCUCCCAGAGGGUUUGGCAAUUAGGAUGUCCCUUUUUAGUGUGUCUGGGAAACACUUAAUUUAGCCUAUUUUGUUAGUCAUUUCGUUUAUUUUCCAAACACAGUAAUUGCCUAGUGGGGAGCCAUGGUUGCUCAGGGCCAACGCACAGGCCCGCUUUGUUUCUGUCCUCAAUGUCUGGCUAACCACACUCAUUGAUUAGAGGACGUCUGUAGAUCCGGUAGACUCAAUCACUCUUUUUCUAUAUUUCUCUCCUCUCUUGGUUUGGCUGGAUGUCUAUAUUCUCACAUUAAUCAACUAUUUGCAUUACAUCCUAUAAGCAACGCUAACCUAACCACGUUGAGGCCAAGUGAAAUCCAGUCUUUUAUAGCGAUUACAAUCAUUCAGAGCAAUCAUGCUUUGUUCCAUAUGAACAUAUUACUGAAUGACAUGCCUACCUAAGUUAUGAUAGUUGUGAAGUAAAGCCAACUUAAGUAAAGAUACUCAUAGACGUAUAGGGGGGGAAAUGAAUCAAGUAAAUUGAUAAGUUAAAUACAGUAAUUAAUGGGCAAUCACGUGACUAAAUCAACGUUCUCUUUUGAGUUGAAAGGACGCAUGAAUGAAUGAGAAGUCCUUUGACAGGCCCAUUGAUGCCGGCCUUUAGCGCUCCAACACAGCUGUGUGGUGUCUCUCCCUGUCUGUUAGUGCACAAAGCUUCGCUGGACUCUCUUCUCACCGGAACAACUGCUCCCGCUGUUACACUAGCACAGAGGACGCAACAACUGUUUAGACUGGUGGCUACGUAAUUAUUUCCUCUAGAAGCCGCAUUGUUGGGUCGGUUGAGGAUAUGACUAAUUACGAAGGGGCCCUCUGUUAAUGUGCUGGCUUUAAUGGCAGCCACAUGAACUUUCUUUAUGCCUCAGCAUUCCUUUGCAUCGGCUCGUUGACUGAUUUGAUUGACCGCAAUUUUUGAUCACUAAACACGGAGAAGAGUGUAUACAUUAAACCGAGGAUGAAAA